UCACACUCUUUCACCUUGCAGGAAAAUUGGGACCGCAAGCCUGUUGGGGGAUAAUUUGAUAUCUCUCUCUUAAAUUAAACAUAAAACUGAAGAAUUCCAACUCCGUAUCUCUCUCAAAUGUUAUGAUGUUUAGAGAAGCAAAACUUGUGGCGUUAGCGCUCUUCCACACUUUCUUGCUUGCAAUUUGUGCUGCUAAUGGAAACCAGAUUUGCAGACCCUCUUCUUGUGGAGAGAUUCAAAACAUCAGCAACCCUUUCCGAUUGAAAGGUGAUCCAUCGGGGUGUGGUGAUCCUGACUAUGAAUUGGUCUGCGAAAACAAUCGUGCUAUGGUAAGCGGCCGGGAGGGUGAGAAAUACUAUGUUGCUGACAUCAACUACGAUCACUAUACCAUUCGGGUAGUGGAUCCUGGGGUCGAAAAGGGCAACUGUCUCUCAACUCCUCUCUAUUUCUUGACAAGAGAAAUCUCUGAUUAUUACGGUAUAUAUUAUUUGGAGCGGACGGGAAUGACAAGUACAGCAGUUUUAAUGAAUUGCGACCAGCCAAUAAGUGACGGCAGCUGCAUUCCUAUCACUCCUUGCAAUGCGACUUCAUCUUCCUCACAAGCAUAUGUUUAUGCACUAGUCGGAGGCGAGUCCAUGGAAGUAGGAGAUAUUAAGUAUUCAUGCACCAUCAGCAAGACUAUUAUUACUCAAUUCUUGAAGCCCGGCAAUCUUUCAAUGUCAGAUUUGCAAGAAAUGCUGCUUCUGGGGCUUGAACUUUCAUUCUUGAGCUUCCGCUGCAAAAGCGAAUGCAGGGUGAAAGGGCUAGAAUGCGACGUGAAUUAUGGCAGUCAUACCGUACAGUGCUACAAGCGUAUGAGCAAUGUUUAUUUUUAUCCAUUCAUGUAUUUAUUUGCUUGCAAGCAUAAGUCCCUUCAACAUGUUAUAACUUAUAACUAA